AUGUCUAAUCAAUUCUACAAUAAUAUUUGGCAUGAAUCACAAAAAGAUUUAGAGAUAUUAGCUUCAUUUGAUUCCGAAAAUCAAACUGUUGAUCCAUUUGCUGAUAAGUCACAGGCUCAAACAACAACUUUUGAAUUAUAUGUUCGGUAUAUUAGGAUCACCAACAAUUUGGAAGAGGCUUAUGAUAAAAUGGUUCAACCACAGAAACGUUUACUUAUACGGAAACUUUUAGAUGCUUGCUUAGGAAGAAUUAUAGAAAUAAAGCAUGAUCUUGUUAAUCUUGACAUGAUGGAAUUUAGUUACAACGACAAAGUAAUGGAGAAACUUAAAUUAACUCCAAUGGACGUAGAGUUAAGAGUUCCAAGAUACUUUAAAAGGGAAAGGGAAAAAGAAAUUCAAGAACGUAAGAAAACCAUGAAUGAAAUUUUAAAUAAGCUUGGCUGGCUUGAUGAUAGCUCAGCUAAAGAACGUUUAAAUGAACUACAAGCAAUUAAAAUUAUUCAGGUUCACGAAAGAGCUCGGCAAGGUCGGCUCAGAGCUCAUUUUAUGAAAGAAAUUCGAAUUUUAAAAGAAAAGGGUAAGUCCGAACUAAGAAAUCAAGCUGAAUCGGGGUUGAUAGCAGCUAUGAAAAUUCAAAAAGCUUGGAGAGGCUAUGCAGCUCGCAAAAAAACGAGACGACGCAAAAUGGAAGAAAUGAUUUUGAUUGGAAUGAUACCACCAGCAAGUAAGAAAAAGUCUGAAGCUAUCGAAAAAAUGAACGACAUAAUUGCGGAACGGUAUAAAACCCAAGAAGAAUAUAGAGAAAAAUUUGAAGUGGCUUUAAAAAAUGUAAAAGAAGAAAUUAAAAAUAAGCAGGGUGCUGUUUUAAUGGAAGAUAUGGCUGAUGAUAUUAGAGCUUGGAUUAAAGAUAGUUACGAGAAAACAGGAAAAUUUCCAGAUUUUCCUUCAGAAGAUAGUGGAGGAUCUAGACAUAUUUUUAGUAGUAGACAGGGGACUGAAAGUGAGAUGAGUAGAUCUUCAGCAAAAUCUUCAUCAAAAGAAUCAAGAAAAACUAAAGACAAAUCUAAGAGUCCCGCUCGCAGUGGCGAUUUGAAUAUUGCUGAAGAUAAUUUGGAAGAGGGCUUUCAUCCAACACCGUCCGUGUUUUUGCCAGAUCUUAAAACCGGGGCGGAAGAGUUUGUAGAAGUUUGGAAAAAUAAAGAUGAAAGCGAAAACACAAAGCAAACGCAUUAUGAUGACAUGAUAUAUACAGAAAAAUAUAAUGAAGUUGAGAGAGAAUUAAGAAAAAUAGUUGAUGAUUUAAUGCGUCAAGAACUUGAGCAACUACAGGCUGCUUUAGAUAGAGACCGUGCAGCCCGUGGUAAAAAAGCAAAAAAAAGUACAAAAAAAGCAAGGAGAUCUGGUAAAAAAAGUAAAAAGAAAAAAGAAAAAGAUCUUACACCAGACCGUACCACCGAAUCUCUUUUCGAGGAGUUGGUAACAAAUGGGAUAAUAAAAAAAUAUCCUGAAACUCCAUUGAGUAGUUAUUUGGGUGAUAAAGCAUAUGCAGAACGUAGUGGUACAAAUCCUACACCUGGUGAUAUAAGGCAAUUACUGAUUGAAUACUGUAUAUUGCCACUGGGUUCAGAUACUAUACGUAAUUAUUGUCCAACGAUUCGUUCCAUAUUACUGACUGGAUCUAAAGGAGUCGGAAAGAAGGCUCUUCUUCAUGCGAUCUGUACAGAAGUUGGAGCUGUACUUUUCGAUAUAACACCGGCAAAUAUUGUUGGAAAAUAUCCUGGAAAAUCAGGUCUUAUAAUGUUACUUCAUCUAAUAUCAAAAGUUUCUCGAUUACUGCAACCUUCAGUUAUAUUUAUGGGUGAUGCGGAACGCCCCUUUAUGAAGAAAGUUCCAAAAACCGAUCGCACGGAUCCAAAACGUUUAAAAAAAGAUCUUCCAAAAAUAAUAAGAAAUAUAAAUGUCGAAGAUCGAGUUAUAUUUAUAGGCACAUCUAAUUUACCAUGGGAAGCUGAUCAAAAAUUACUCCAGCAAACAUAUAAUCGUUUUAUAUACUUACCAAGACCAGAUUAUGGAGCACUUUCAUUUGCUUGGAAAGAGCUUACAAAGGAAUAUGUGACUCCCGGCCUUGGUAGCUUUGAUUAUAGUGUAAUGGGAAAAAUAUCCGAUGGUUUUACAAUUGGUGCUAUUGCUGCCUGCCUUGACGAGGUAAUGACAUGUAAAAGAAAACUUCAGUUAAGAUCGCAACCUCUUACUCAUGUUGAGCUAAUAAAUGCAUUAAGUACCAAAGAACCAGUUUAUCGAGAAGAAGAGGAAGCAUUUGAGUCCUGGUGGUCCAAGACCCCUUUGGGUAGAAGAAAAAUUCGUGCUAUUGAAAUGGAGGAGACAGCUAAAUUAGAAGAAGCGGAAGCUGCUGCUAAAGCUGGCAAAAAAAGCCCAAUUAAAAAGUAAAGCUUCACAAA